AUGCUCAACAAAGGAAUUCUAAAGUCUACUGUUAUAAGAUGCCAACUAGUGGGAGCUCCACUGACUGGAAGAAUACACGCCCUCGCAGAACUUAAAGCUCGGGGACGUGAAGACCGCUGUAAUCGUGACUCCAGAUGGAUCAGGGAUGUCUCAUUUGAUGACGUCAUAAUCACCGACAACGUCAUAUCCUCUCAGAAUGAUGUCAGAACGAAACUGGCAUGUGCACUGGAAUGUCAACAGACACGGAAGAUUGUCAAUGGCCUGACCAUUCAAUUGCACAGAUUUCCGGCCAAUGUCAUACUUAAGCGAUCGUGGCUUCGGCGAAUUAAAUUAGUGUAUGGGAACUAUUCCAACAGUAACAAUGAUCGGCUUUGUUCUGUUCAUUUUCCGGGCGGAAGGAAAACGAAGAUCAACAAUAUUCCUAGUAUAUUUGAGGGAAAAACUUUCAGAACAUUGACAUCUACAACAGAUGACAACACAGACAUUCAUCUAAAUGCUGUGCAAGAAGCAGACCCUACAAAUCCAGACAAUAUCAACGACCUGCGAGACAACUAUGAACCAGGACCUGUAUUACAAACAGAUGACAGUGCGCUUAACACUUCAGUCAGAUUUCAUGAUUAUUUUGGACCAGUAUAUUGCACCCAAACAGAUUUUGUACAUAUACUCAGUGAACCGUUGCAACCAAUACCACACAUUUUGAACACAGUCAAUCACAUAGCUCUCCAAACAAUGAAACCUGACAUAACGAUUGAAGACAUCGGUAACAGGGAUGACAAAGUCAUGUUUUACACUGGGGUUCCCAAUGGUGCAACAUUUGCAUUGUUGUUUAAUGAAAUGCAUGAUAUGUAUGAUGUUCAUAAUGAAAGAAAGGGUGGAAGACCUCGUAAUCUUCGACUCAUUGAUGAGUUUUUUAUGGUAUUGGUGCGUCUUCGACUGGGAUUGCUCAUUGAAGACCUAGCAGACAGGUUUAAAAUUUCUAAAGGGACAUGCAGUGUAAUUAUAUCAAGAUGGGUUAACUACCUGCACAUAAAACUUUCAUUUCUGCUCGUUUGGCCUACUCGACAGGUGAAUUUGGAAACAAUGCCAAAGCAGUUUAAAUCCAAAUAUCCCAACUGUAGAGUGAUAAUUGACUGCACCGAACUUUUCACACAAACUCCCCAAUCACCAAACAAAUAA